AGAACUUCCUCCUUUACUCACCAGACUUCCCCCCCGUUGAUAGUCGCGACAAGCUCCGACUCUGGGGUGACAUGAGAGCUGCUGACCCGGUCUGGAUCCACAGCACCCGGCCAUGAACCCACAGAAGCAGGCCGACACUCUGAGGCUCUUGCAGACUCGGCUGAGGAGACGAGAGACCGAGGACAGCAUUCCUAGGGAGUUUGUGAGGUUGAAGAAGCAGUCCAUAAAGUACCGCGAGGACAAGAUCUUUGUCAGCAAGUCAGCGGAAAGUCAGGACAACAUCAAGAAGAACAGAUACAAGGACAUCCUUCCAUUUGAUCACAGCAGAGUGAAGCUGAUGCUCACCACCUCCAAAUCUGACACCGACUACAUUAAUGCCAGUUUCAUAAAGGGAGUCGCAGGUUCCAACGCUUACAUCGCGACCCAGGGACCUCUCCAUCACACAGUGCAGGACUUCCUCAGGAUGCUGUGGGAGUACGAUAUCAAAGUCAUAGUGAUGGCCUGCCGAGAAUUUGAGAUGGGGAAGAAAAAGUGUGAGCGCUACUGGCCGGAGAAAGAGGAGGAGUCCUUCGUGUGCGGGCCCUUUGCUGUCUUUCGGGACUGUGAGGAGGACAAAGAAGCACGUGUGACCAGGACCUUAAGGUUGACCUACGACAACUGCGGCCGGACUUUAAAACAGCUGCACUACGUCAACUGGCCGGACCACGGCGUGCCCAACUCCAUCCUCCCCAUUCUGGACAUGCUGGAGGAGAUGCGGAGCUAUCAGCCUCACGACCACGUCCCCAUCUGCAUCCACUGCAGUGCUGGAUGUGGCAGAACCGGAGCCCUUUGUGUCAUCGACUAUACUUGGAACCUCCUCAGAACUGGGUUGAUCACUUCCGAUUUCAACGUGUGCGACUUGGUUCGCACCAUGAGAACACAAAGACCGUCUGUGGUUCAAACCAAGGAGCAGUAUGAACUGGUCUACAGCAUCAUCGGGGUACUCUUUGACAGAUACUUGCAGUCCAUGGACGCACAGAGCCGGGUUACAGAGCGAGAAGAUGAACGCAAGCAACAGCCCAUCUGUGACGAGGACCUGAACCUCCCGGUCUCACAGGAGCACGAGAUUUUGACUUCUGUUCCAGAAAGUCCCGUUGUCACAGUGGAGACGGACAAAGAAGAGUAUAGGGUCCAAGCGGAGAACAUAGAAGAUGACCCGGUAUCACCAAAUCUUCCAAAAUUGACGGUGGAGGACCCCUACUUCCAUAGCCCCCAGUUUGACCACAUACCACAAGUCAACAAGCGGUGGACUGUUGGUCCAAUCAUCAGCAAGCCCACGUUGUCUCCAAACCACCACACAAUGGCAUCUCACUCUUCUUCCUUCCCAGGAGCUCAUACCGAUGAGGACAUACCGCCUCCUCUGCCUGAACGAACCCCGGAAUCCUAUCAACUGGCCGUCCAUACAGAGAACUCAAAAAAGUUGGCAGUCAUCAUCUCGCCUCACGGGGAUUCUGAGGGUGUGGGUGACAAGAUGCAAGACAUUCCUGCUACAUCUGCACCAUCGCUUCCAGACAGAACCCCAGAAUCGUACGAGCUGGCUUGUCAUCAAGCUCCUGUUGACAAUCAGCGAGCAGUCACGCCAGCAGUGAACCUCAGCAGAAUCGGGACGUCCUCGGAGUGGUCAGGGACCUCCAGGCUUGUCAGCGCCACUCAGGAGGCAGAAACAAAACCAUGGCUGAGAACAAAGAGCCUGAGAGUAAAAAUGACCCUAAAAGAAGCACCGCAGACUCCAUUGUGGCUUCCAUCGUCACCUGCCUUUGCCGGAGCAGGAAGUGCGUCAGCGCAAGUUACCGCCGGCAACCACAAGGGGUCUCUCUCUGACGCCGAAGCGGCGGCGUACAGAAACGAGGACAAGGAACCGUCCAGAAAAAAGAGUCUGCGAUUGUUCAAAGACCAGCAGAAAUUGAAGCCGACGGCUGCUUUCCCUCAGUUGUCUUCGUCCUCCAAGGGAGUAUUGACGUCAAUGUUCACAUUCGGAUUUGGGCGCCGGAUAGGAAAGCCAAAAGGACCCAGGAGUUACCCACAAAACUGGUCCUCAACCUCUUUCUCCUCGUAAAAACCAGGAUGACGUCACUAAUGAUUGUUUUCACCUUUACACUCACCUCAUAUGGCUGGAAUAUCAUUUUUCCCCCCGCUUGUGUUGCCAACCAUAACGAAGUGGGACAAAUGACCUCCAAACCCUCGAAGAUCAGCAACAUCUGCACACAUUUGAAGCUCACAUUUCACAUUGAAUCACUUCAAUAAAAAUGACUUUUCAUGAUCAGUCA